UGCAAUAGACUAGUGAUGUCUGACAGGAGCCAAAAUGGCAGCGUUGUUUUAUUUCCAAACAUCAUUUUUUAUUCGUGCGACCCAUUCAGCCAGACGCCUAACCUUAUUUGUUAAAUAACGUUUCCGUUACCUUCAUAUGUACGUUUUGACUAGGUUUGUUCUCUGUCGUCGUCAACCAGAGGAACGGCGGGUUUGUGAAUGAGGCACGACUGGGGCUGUUCAGUCUUGUGUUUUCCACUCCUCCUCCUCCUGUUGUCAACAAUGACAGCUCCCCUACCAUAGUUGCUGCAAAUGAAAAUGGAGGAUAUGUCUCUGUCAGGCCUGGAUAACACCAAGCUAGAGGCCUUGGCUCAUGACGUGUACUCUGACCUAGUGGAAGAUGCCUGUUUAGGGCUGUGCUUUGAGGUGCACAGGGCUGUCAAACAGGGCUACUUCUUCCUGGAUGAAACGGACCAAGAAAGUAUGAAGGAUUUUGAAAUAGUGGACCAGCCAGGUGUAGACAUCUUCGGGCAGGUGUACAACCAGUGGAAGAAUAAGGAGUGUGUUUGUCCCAACUGCAGCCGGAGCAUUGCAGCCUCUCGCUUCGCUCCUCAUCUGGAGAAGUGUCUCGGCAUGGGCCGCAACAGCAGCCGAAUAGCCAACCGCAGAAUAGCCAGCAGUAACAACACAAGCAAGUCAGAAAGCGAUCAGGAAGACAAUGAUGAUAUCAAUGACAACGACUGGUCCUAUGGCUCAGAGAAGAAAGCCAAGAAGAGGAAGUCAGAAAAGAAUCCAAACUCUCCCAGGAGAUCCAAAUCCCUGAAGCACAAGAAUGGAGAGCUCAGCGGCAGUGUAAAUCCAGAUAUGUACAAGUAUAACUACAGCUCUGGCAUAAGCUACGAGACACUGGGACCUGAGGAACUGCGAUCUAUUCUGACUACACAAUGCGGGGUUGUGUCAGAGCAUACAAAGAAGAUGUGCACUCGGUCCCAGCGGUGUCCCCAGCACACGGACGAACAGAGGAGGGCAGUCAGAGUCUUCCUCCUUGGGCUGUCCGCGUCGACACUACCAGACUCUGACACCAUGUUGGAUAACGAGGCCUAUGAACCCCCUGAUGGCCAGCUCAUCAUGUCCCGUCUCCAUUGGGACGCUUCCUCUGAUAUCUCCCCAUCAGACUCAGCCUCUUCAAAAGCCAGCACCAAUAACUCCGAAUCCAAGAGACCGAAGAAGAAGAAGCCCAGCACGCUUUCUCUGACUCCUGCUGGAGGCGCAGGAGAGAGGGAUAAAGCACAGGAGCGAGAGAGAGACAGAAUAGCUGGCGGCGGGAGCAGUGGUAGCAGCUCCCAGAAUGCACUGGCUCUCUCCAGUCGGAAAAAGCGACCAAAACUGCCAGUUCCUCCAGCGCCCAGCAUCUACGAUGACCUGAACUAAGGCACAUGCAUCUCACACACAUUUACCAAUCAUGACUGACUUGAGUUUUUAUCUGGUGUUUGGUUCAGUGCACAUGAACGUGACGUGUGUGUGUGUGUGUGUAAAGACUGGGACACCUUUUCAGGCAUGAAGAGAUCAUUUGUUACAGCAGUGUUGCACAGUGAGUGAGUUUAUUUGAAUAUAUAUUAAUGUGUGGAUGCAGCGAGCUUUCUUUUGAUUUUACUAUGCAGUUCACUGUCAGCUCUUAGGAGAUUUGGGUUUACAGUGGUGUGUGUGAGAGUGAGUUGGACAGUUUGUAUGUGAAUGGGUUGUUGCAAAUAUUUUGUCCCUGGUGGCUCAUGUAAUUCAGUCGGCUAACCUGUGCGGUGUUCUCUGCUGGUUUUCAAAGGAUGUCUCUGCUUCAUGUUGUCUUGCUAAUCUUUCUGCAACCUGAUAGGCUCAGCUUUGCUCUUUUAAUGCCAAACAAUAUCCUCUCUCUUGCUCUCUCUUAAAGGGACAUAUCACCCCGAAAUGACAAUUCUGCAGUCAUUUCACAUGUUUAAAGCCUGUUUGAGUUUACACAAGAUAUUUUGAAGAAUGCUAGUAAGGAAAUCAGUGGUUCCAGCAUUCUUCAAAAUAUCUUCUUUUGAAUUCAUAAAGCUUUUAAAGCACAUGAGGGAGAGUAAAUGAUGAGAUUUUUCAUUUGUGGCUGAUUGAUCUCUUUAAUGACUUAGCUAGCGCCACCAGCAGCUUUCUGCCAAAUCUGUGCAUACACAAUCGAUAGCCUUGUGUGUUUUGGAGUUUGCUAUUCUUGUUUGUCGUCAUGGUUAACAUAUUUUGCCUGUAUUUAUUUGAUCUGCUGUGUGAAUAGUGUUUGUUUUAAUCAUGAUAUGUGGAUGCAUUUCCUCGGAUUAUGAGUUUGUUGAUCUUCAGAGCACUUACUAUUUAACGAUAGAUGGUUUUGUAUUAAAUAUAGUUUGUUAAAGUCUUCUCAGACAUGCGAAUAGGAAUUGAAAAUGCACUUAAAAUGGAUCAAAUCCAGCCCUUAUGGACGCCUUGUCUUUUUAGUGAAAAUGUUAUUCAAUUGUUUGUGAAGUUUGGAAUUUGAAAUGACUUGAGCUUGGUGUGAAUGGAGAGAAUUGGUACAAUGCACACAGAAACCGUCAGUGCUGUGAGUGGAUGUUUCGUCUGUGACCCCGACUUCUUGCUGUCUCUCAAUGCACUGUAGUGUCUCUGUAAUGGUCGAAGUAAAUAUUCACUUUAAAUUAA